CUCGAUCACAGCAAAACCGACUCGAGAGAGACUAGAGCGGCGCCAUGCCCGUGACUAACGCCGAGAUCUUGAACCAGAUCCAUCUGUCGGGAGAGGCGCCCUGCUCCCUUUUCCAACCGCACCCGAUGAAAGCAAACUUUUGCGUCGGCUGCAGCAAGUUAGUCAACAAACACGAGGCAGCGAGCAUUCCAGACGACGACUGUCUUCUCAGGGCAAUUGAGUUCAGUCAGAGCAAGGAGAAGGUUCCGAGUUGUAUAGAAGAGAGGAGGGAGGGGAGAGGAGGGCUGUGGCAUGGCGGAUUCAAAGCAGUCAUGAACCACGACUUCUUGCGAGCAGAAGGCAUUACUCACGUUGUCAACACGGCAAAGGGCCUGGAGAUGUUUGGACGAAAGUACACUGAAGCUGUAGAGAAGGCCAAGAGUGAGCUGAACGUGACGUUCCUCGACCUCGACUGGAUCGAUGCUACCUCAUUCGAGAUCUCCGACGAUAGUUUGGACGAAUGCUGUCGUUUCAUUCAUAAAGCACGAACCAGUGGAAGCUCAGUGCUAGUCCACUGUGCCCAGGUCAAUAAACUCUCUCUCUCUCUCUCUCUCUCUCUCUCUCAAAAUGAUUUCUUGCUGACACAGGGAAAGUCUAGGUCAGCGACUGCAGUAGUAGCUCACUUGAUGGCAAGCUACAGAUGGGCCUACAGCGAGGCUCUGGCUGCUGUGCAGGCCAGGAGGAAGAUGGCGGAGCCAAACCCAACCUUUCAGCAGAGACUCAGAACGUUUGAGAAGUCUCCUACCCUCUCCACCCUCAGAGCUGCGUUGUCAUGAUUUGCGCAUGCGCGAAAACCACGUGUUAAUAAUUCAACUGCAGAACGCACUCGGCACGCUGUCGUUUUUGGCUGACUUGUGUUACUGGUGUGCAGAGAGACAUGGCCUCUGGUCCUCCGCCCGAUUUCCCCGGAGGCGGGCGUCUCUGGCGUUACGUCCGGGGCGCCCCCAAGGCGGAGCUCCAUCUGCACAUCGAGGGUACACUAGAACCAGAGCUGAUGUUCGAGAUAGCGGCCAGAAACGGCGUGGCCGUGGAGGGGACGGUGGAAUCCCACCGCAUCAGGAGACAGAGCUUCAAGGAUUUACAAGACUUUCUAGACCUGUACUAUGCUGCCUGCGACGUCCUCAAGACGGAGGAGGACUUCAGGGACCUGAUGUAUGCCUACCUGCAGAGGGCCGCAGUGGACAACGUGUAUGCGGCGGAGGUUUUCUUUGAUCCUCAGACCCACACCGAGCGAGGGGUCCCGUUCGACGUCGUGAUAUCGGGGCUCCACCGUGGGAUUGUGGAAGGACAUCGCAACUUGGAGAUCCGUGCCAACCUCAUCAUGUGUUUCCUGCGUCACCUCUCGGAGGAGUCGGCCCUGUCCACGCUGGAACAGGCACUGCCUCACCUCGACAAGAUCGUUGGCAUCGGACUGGACAGCGGGGAGUUGGGCAACCCUCCGAGCAAGUUUGAGCGGUUGUUUGAGAGGGCGGCGGGAAUGGGGUUGAAAACGGUUGCCCACGCAGGGGAGGAGGCGGGGCCUGAGUACAUCCUAGAGGCACUGGAACUAUUGAAGGUUCGCCGGAUCGAUCACGGCGUUCAGUGCCUCAAGGAUUCCAGUCUGGUGGAGAGGUUGGCGAAGGAGGGCGUACCGCUCACUACCUGCCCUCUAUCCAACAUGAAGUUGCAGGUGAACUCACGCUACUUUGGCGGGAGGAACGUGACUGGCCAGCUGCUCGAGGCGGGGCUGAGAGUCACGAUCAAUUCCGAUGACCCCGCCUACUUUGGUGGGUAUAUAAACGACAAUUUCGUCAGAGCUGUCUCCGACUGCAACCUGACAGAGAGAGACGUCUACAAAAUGUGUCGCAAUUCCUUCACCUCUUCGUUUCUCUCGGAUGUCGACAAGGCUUUCUGUAUCUCCCAGCUGGACUACCACACCAUCGUAUCGGGGUACGCGGCCCCACCGAGGAAUAUUUCAAUCUUUGGUUCUCGUUCCCCGGAGCCUGGGUCACCCGAGUACGAAGAAGCGAGAGCCAUCGCUAAGCUCCUGGCGUCUCGUGGGUUCACAGUGUUCACGGGAGGUUACAGUGGAAUCAUGAUGGCCGGGGCCCACGGAGCCAGAGAGGGGCUGGACGAGAGACGAAACUCUGGAGGCGAGAGUGAGGCUCAGGAAGUCUGCGGUGUGCUAGUUCCCAGCCUGUUUGCCUUCAGAGAACCUCUCGGAAAUAGCUACACCACCAGACCAAUAGUGGCUCGCUCCCUCACCAAUCGAAUCAACCACUUCUGCAUGAACUCCGAGUAUUUCCUGGCCUGCAGAGGCACCAUUGGCACCAUCACCGAACUACUGUACGUGUGGAAGUACGCAACCAUUAGAAAUACUAUCGGAGUCUCUCUCCCAAAGAUCCUCGUCCUGAGGUCAAACUUCGAGAAACCGCUGGAGGCAUUUGCAGACGCCAUGAAAAUUUUUCCGGAGGACCGAGGGCUAAUUCAGUACGUUGACUCGGGUGAGGAGAUUUUGCAAGUUUUCGAAGAGGAUUUGAAGAGGCGCACUGUCGCUGCGACAAUCACCCUCCCUCCUCCUUUCUCCACAUCCAACUAGUAUCGCGUGGUGUUUAAUAUCCAUGGCGAGCGAGCAAGCCAACCUAGUCGUUCAAUUUGGCGUGGAUUUUUUCACGUCGACCUUUUCGUCUGUUCAACGUGCGCAGGCAAUGCAUACACGAAAACUUGCCAACUCUAAUUGCCAAAAUGAACGUCAAAUUUAGAUGUAAAAUCACCCCUAUUCAUACGGACUACACAAAACACGUUGCUACACAAAAUCAACACUGGCGUCUAUACGAAUACAAAGUCAUUCUCUGAGCCUGUUUCUGUGCUGGUGGCACCAUCUGGUGGUGGGAGAUGUGAGGGGGUUAGGUGGAGAGGGGAGGGUAUGGAGGGUGGGGAAGAUGAGAGGGGUGGGGAGGAGGGAAUGCAGGGUGAGGGGGACACUGGAGGCGAAGAGGUGGGGUGGGUGGGGUUAGAGGAAGGUAUAGUAGUUGUCACAGUGAUAAGAGGAGGAUCUUGAUUGUCUGUUUGUAAAGAACCUGCAGACCUGGGCCUGUGUCAGGCAUGAUGAACAUCCUAACAAGAGUAAGAG